GAGUUCAGUCAUCAAAUUAAUGUACUUUAAUAUGCAUAAAUAUCCUAAUCAAAUAUCUAGUAGUAAGGUGAUUUCUGUUAUAUAGGUGAAAAUUGGUUUUGCAUCAUGCAAAAGGUGUUAGCAAUAAUCAAGGACCGGCUAUGGUACAGUAGUUAUAUUUGUCUUGUCAUUUGCACGAAAUGGAUGAUUGCUCCAAACUUAGUUGCAGGGAGCUUCCAAAGUGGGUGCACUCUCAAGACGGGAACUCAAAUUGGUGCUCCCGUUGAGACGGGAGCGUGCUCCAAAAUAUUAUUGGAGCUUCCACGCUAAUCUCAAGGAAGAAAUUCGGAAUUCUCUUUGCAAAAAAGUGCAAGGAAGAGGAAAAGGAGAAAAGAACUCUUGUUGGUGGAGUGAUGUUUGGCCUAGUGAAUCCUAGCCUUGGUUGUCUAGCUGACAGAUAUUAUCUGUCAAAAUUUAGCACUUUUGGGAUAUUUAUUAUCUCUGGCUUAACGUUGCGUAGUGAUGAAAUUGGUGCAGCUGCUGAGGCAUGGCCAGUUGGAAUUUUUGGGCUAGGUUCUAUCUUGUUGUUUACUCCCUUUUUUUCAAAGCUUAUUUUACAACUUCAGCUCCAGCCUCAAGAAUUUGUCACAGGACUGGCAAUAUUUAGCUGUAUGCCAACAACGUUAUCAAGUGGAGUAGCUCUGACUAGGCUUGCUGGAGGGAAUUCAGCUCUUGCCCUUGCUAUGACUUUGGUAUCUAGUCUGCUUGGAAUUUUGGUUGUUCCUUUUUCUAUCUCAAUGUUCAUAGCUAAUGGAGUUGGUGUAUCUGUUCCUACCGAACAGUUGUUCAGAAGUCUUAUUCUAACACUUCUGGUGCCUCUUCUUGUUGGGAAGGUUUUUCGAGAAACCUUCAAAGGCUUGGCAGUCUUUAUCGAUCAAAAUCGCAAGCUUUUGUCCAUGAUUAGUGCACUCUUACUCGGUUUGGUGCCAUGGAUACAGGUGAGUAGAUCAAGGGCGCUGCUGCUUAUGGUUAAGCCUGCAGUUUUUCUUGUUGCUGUCGGGAUGGGAGCGCUUCUGCACCUCAUCCUGUUAGCUUUUAAUGCUCUUUCAAUACAAGGACUCUCGGCCGUUUCUGGUGGUAAAAAAUCAGUGUUUGCAAAGAGAGAGAAUGCCAGUGCUCUUCUAAUUGUGGCAAGCCAGAAAACUCUGCCUGUAAUGGUAGCAGUCGUCGAGCAGCUUGGCGGUGCAUUAGGUGAAUCUGGUUUGCUGGUUCUUCCUUGUGUAGCUGCUCAUCUGAACCAGAUCAUAAUCGACUCGUUUCUCGUAAACUUCUUGCUUCGGGAGGAGCCAUCUGUCAACAAGGCCAAGGUAGCUUGAGAGUUAGAAAAGAAAUCAUAAAACAUAUACAUGGUUGUUAACGCAUCUUUGAUCUGCUUUAGGGAGUGUAUGUACAUAAAAACCAAUAUUUUCAAUCUUACUCCAUUUAAUCAAAAUUUCUAAAAGAGCAUUCUCUUGCUACAUUUAUACUUAA